UUCAAUUUUUGUUGUAUUUAAAAUAACAUUUUCAUAAACUCUAAAAUCUAAAAAGCAUAUUUUCAUUUCCAAAGUUCCAAAAAACCUGCAGAUUUAGUGCAUUUAUUUGUGUUUUUUCUGUUUAAAUAAUCUCAUUAAGAUGUUAUUUUAAUAAUCUCAUUAGUUGGGUAAAAGUUGCGAACAGCAGUAAUGAUAAACAUGUGAACUUGGGCCUGAUCGGAACCGCUUUCUGAGCUGUUUGGGUCUGGCUGCUGGGACGGUUCCCGCACUGGCCGCAGGGGGCGCUGCUGUUCCGCGCAGCAUGAAUCCAACGGGAGAAGAAGGAUCAGAAGCUACAACAAUAAUCCAGGGAAAAGCGGCUCCGCAGGGGGGGAAAUCUGAGGAAAAACGGAGGAUUGAGGAGAAAAUUCCCGGUGUCAGGAUUACAGAAGAAGGAUUAGGAGAAGAAAAGUGGGAAUAAUCGUUCCUGGAAGUGAAUCUGGGCGCCAUGUUGUUUAUUUUUCCAGAUGUUUUGAUGCGCAGACUGUAGCCAGAGUUCGACCCCCGGGGUUGUUUUUGUUGUUUUUGUUGUUUUUUUAUUAGUUUUCGUAUUUUCGAGGCUGAGCUCCAGCAGCAGCAGCAGCGAGCAUGGAGAGCCUCUACAAGCGGAAAAUGUUCGCCUCCAUGAGGAAGACCAAGGUGGCCGCCUCCAAGAAGCGCCAGAUCGGCCUUCCCGCCUCCAUCCUGGACGACAGCGAUGAAGGCUCCUUCUCCUCCUCCUCCUCCUCCUCCUCCGGGUCCCAGUCGGACUUCCAGAGCUCCCCGGAGGAGGAGGAGGACAGCGAGCAGGCGGACCGGGACUGGAGCGAGUCCGGCGGGAGCUCCAGCGACGACAGCCGCUCGGUGAGCCGCAGGAAGAAGCGCUCCUUCCUGGGGGGCGAUGACAGCUCCUCUUCCUCCAGCCCCGGCGGAGAGGAAGAGGAGGAGGAGGAGGAGGGCCGGAGCCAGCCGAAGAGGAGCAGCCCGCCGCGGAAGAGGAGCCGCCUGCAGAGGCAGGAGGAGUCGGACUCGGAGCAGACGGAGGAGAAGCGGAAGGAGGAGGCGGAGAAGGAGAAGCGGAGGCAGCGGCACAACAAGCUGCUGGCGCUGUCCCGGAGGAUGAAGGCCCGCGUGCCCAGCAGGAGGCGGAGCCGGGUCAAGCAGGGUUCUGACGACGAGGACGAGUCCAAAGACGGCGAGGAGAAAAAUGGCGGAGGAGACAAGAACGGCGGGGACAGACAUGGGGACGACACGGAGCAGAAGGGCGGAGACGAGGGGACGAAGGAGGAGGAGGACAAAGAGGACGAGAAGGAGUACGCUGCGUUUGAAAACUGGACCAAUCACGGCCCAUACUCCUCGGAUUUCUCUUCUCGGCCUCUGAUGCUUCAGUUUGGAGAUUCGUCACAGCUGGGCUCCGUCUACGGAAGCCCUGAGGGGACAAACUCACCGGAACGAAACAUGGUCCAGACGUGCUCGGCGUACGGCUGUAAGAACCGGUACCACAAAGACAAGGACAUUUCAUUCCACAAGUUUCCUCUGGCGCGGCCGGACGUCUGCAGGAAGUGGGUGGCGGCGAUGAGGAGGAGCAACUUCACGCCCACCAAGUACAGCAACAUCUGCUCCCAGCACUUCGCCCAGGACUGCUUCAAGAGGGAAUGCAACAACCGGGUCCUGAAGGACAACGCCGUGCCCUCACUGUUCGGCUUCGGCCUCAGCUUGAAGGUCAGAGGUCACGGCGGUCUGUCUGAUUGUCCAUCCACCUCAUCAUCUCUCUGUCUGUUUUUCCUCCUCCAGUCAGAAUCUCUAGAGAACCCGUUCUCCUCAGAGAUCGACUUCCCGCUGCCCCUGCCGGUGACCUCUGACCCUGCGGAGGAGGCCGGCGGCGGCGGCGGCCCGGCGGCGGUGAGCGGCGACCAUAACUACACGGCGGAGGACUCGGCGCAGCAGAAGCGGCGCAUGGAGCAGCUGGAGGAGCAGCUGGAGCUGCUGCGGCGCAAACUGAAGACGGCGCAGCAGAAAGUCCGCCGGCAGCAGCGGCAGCUCAAGAGGCUGCGGGCCGGGCGGGGGGCGCGGGCCGGGCGUGGGCCGCCCGCCGACCGCUACGUGGUCGUACCCAAACACCUCUACCACACCCUGAAGGGGGUCCAGUGACCAGAACCAGAACCAGAACCGGGGUUCCCUCUGGCCAGCCGGACGGUUUGCUGGUCUGGACCUCAGGAACGUGGACGAUCAGCAGCAGUGGGGCCUCCUGCACAACCAGCAGCUGCUUUAUGUAAAAUAAUGUAAAUAAAUGAGGGAUUUGAAGAUGA